ACGUAGUUCUCUAAGUAGUCUGUGUUUCAAAGUGCCGUAAAAAACUUAUUUACUUGUCUAGUUUUAUAUUUUUUCUGGCUUUUAAAUUUUACAAUUUCAGGUUAUCAGUGACUUUUCUAUAAAUUAAGAGAUAAAAAUAAUUUGUAAUAAUUAAUGAUAUUUUUCAAUUAACUGUUAAAAGGGAGAAGUUACUUUGAAAGUUUAUUCAUAACAUCAUAAUUUAUAAACAUGAGCCGCAGUAAUCCAUCUGAUUACGCGGCGUACCUGCAAUCAGUUGUGAGGUUGGAUGCUCUUGAAAAAAUGACUCAAAAUUUAGACAAAGAGCUGGCUGAUUCUCAACGGAUAAUGCAAGAGAUAAAAGCUAUUUUCGACAGUGUGCCUACUGCCCAGACUAUGUCGCACUCAGUCAACAACCCUCUUCGACAUGAAGACUUGUCUCGAUUUCUUGAAGCUGACGUUCCCAAGUUACUUCUGCCUGACAUGGUGGAAAACACUGCUGAUGUAGAUUUGGAUGAUAUUAUUAAGAAAAUGAAAAGUUAUGCUGAAGAGUUGAAAAAAAAUUUUGUUCUUAAACAACCACAGAUACAAGACAAAUUAAAUAUAAAUAAAAUGAGCGAAUUAGAAUUGGAGCAAUAUGCUACAAGCUUGGACCAGUUAGGGAAACGUUUGGCAAACAUUAAACUAGUCAAGAAUGAUGAAAACAACAAAAAUACAGAUCUCGAAGAAAAAUUGACUAAACUUUGUCAAGAUGUCAAUAUGUUUACACAGAUGGUGCAAGCAAAAACUAUACUGAGUGAAUGUAAUAAAAACUGGACGGAAACUUCACAAGAAAAUAAUGCAUUACAUUAUGACAAUGUCAUUAAUAAACUACUCUCUGGUAUUAAUGAAGUAAUGUAUUUAUUGCAGAAUAAAAAUUAAAUAUAUAAAUUGUGAACUAUUUGUGCAAAUGGAGCCUUGUAUUUAGCUCAUGCAUGCAUGUCUGUUAUGAUGUUUCUUAUAAUUAUAAUAGAAAAUAGUCCAUCUACUUAUAUGUAGAUAAUCUCUAUCAUAUUGUAGAAACUAGACUGAAUAUGUUAUAUAAAGGUAUUUAAGUGCCUAUUUAUUUUUAUUAUAAAUAAUUCUUAUCAUUUGUCUACUUAUUAUAUUUAUUUUACUUGAAAAAGACUUAAAAAGAGAAAGAGUUUUUCAAUUUGUUUUGUUUUUUUAUUUAUAUUUGUUACAUCAGAACUCCAUUUAUAAACUGAAUUUCUUUUUUAUUUGAAAGGCUAAUCUUUCCGAUUGGUUCCAUAAAAAUUUUAUCCAAAUCGGUUCAGUAGUAUGGUUUUUUUUAUGGAUGAUAAUGGAAUAGUUACUCCGUCUGUGCUAUCGGUAUACACUGGCGGGGCACCAGUGAUAGAUGACAGAUGUGGAUGAAAGCAGGUCAGUUAGCCCAUCGUGAUGAAUUUCACAAGAAAUAACCACUAUGGUUUCCACGGGGGAACCGCGUGGAGGUCAACCUGAUAGGGUAUAUUGUUAUUAAUGGGGCUGUUAGAUGCCAUUACUAACAAUCCCUUCCCCCCAAUCAGUAGUAUGUUUUCUAAACCAAACAACUGUUUUUGCCAUGAUUUAAUACUUUUUUUUAGAACAAAGUCCCUUAUGUCAUUGGUUAGACAGUGGAUCAAAUGUAAUUUUCUUUUAUUGUAGAAUAAUACUCAAUAGAUUCAUAGUCUCAGAUUUUUAAAUGUAUUUUUCUAUUCAUUACCGUUGCAUUGCAAAUAAUUUGUACAAUGUUAGUUUUGUGAUUUUGUCUCUCAACAUAUAGAUAUUUGUCACUCAUUAAAUAUCAAGUCUAGAAAAAAGAAUUUGUGUUAAUAUCAAGUAAGAAAUAAUAUCUCUUGAUACAGGUUAAUAGGGUAAUAGAUGUGUGUGUGUGGUGCUCCCAUGUUGUGGGUCCUACAAUGGCAACUUACUGUUACUACUUAGAUAACAGGCUAAAGGAAUGUUGUUUCAUUCACCAGUCUUGUAAGUAAAUAACUAAGGCUCGAAUAUUGUAGUCAUAGUGUUAAGAUUUUUGUAGAUUACUAUUUUUUUGUUUACCAUUCUUAGUGUAAGACAAUUUGUAUGUCAAUAUUGUCAGUAUAAGUCCAAUAGUAACUUCAAAUUCCACAUAUAGUCAUUCUAUAUAUGCAGGGCGAGAUUCUUACCAUUUUUUAACACAAGUUUCUUUGUGAGAAUAUUCAGUUUCUCUUAACAGAAUCUGAACAUUUUCAUUAAAGAAGAAACAUGUGUUAAAUAAUUAAAAAAAAAAAAAUUACAGAGCUUUUCAUACUAAUAUUGCACAUGAUGCAAUGCUCAAAAUUUGGUCUUCUACCAUGUUUUAAUCUUUCAAAAAAUUUCGCUUAUAGUAUUCUAUAACAUAGAUAUAUUUUUAGGUGUGCAUGUCUGAUAUUAUUAAUUUCACCUGUAUAUAUAGUAUACAUUUUCAAUCUGCUUGCUAAUGUGGGUACUGGAGAAUUUGGUCAAUUGUACAAAGUCAAAAAAGAAUAUAUAUAAAUACCUGUAUUCAAAUAAAAUUAACAUAAUUUCAUGCAAUAUAAAAAAAAGUCAUUACAA